AUGGUGGAUGAUAACGUUCUUGUUGUUACUGAAGCUCAAGUUGUUGGCAACUCACGACUGAGAUCCAAUGCGCAAGGAGAUUUUGUUUCUCUACGCGAAUCUACCCAACUUGCAUCUCCGGAGGCUAGAGUUGCUGAUGCUUUGCGUCUGGAUACCGACACGCAAGGGGAAGUUGGUUCUCUAGCGCAAACAACUCAACUCCUAGUCCUGCCGAAUGAUGUUUUGAAUGAUUGCUUCGAGAUGAAUAAGACAACACCGAUUAUGCAAGCAAAUAAAUUUGCGAUCCUGCAAAGUUGUGAUGAUAACACCGAUGUGAUUGCUGAUAAUGUCCAGGAAAAUGCUUAUGAAGAUUCUGAUGAUGUUGAAAACAUAUUCACGGAAGACCCGAAACUCUUUUAUCCAGAUGACUCUUUAGCUGCGGAUCUACUUGUUUUAGAUGAUGAUGAUGAUGCAUAUGAAGAAAGUUGGUCAGAAGGGGAUAAGGACACGCCUGUCUUGGCUGGGAAUGCGCAAGGGGAAUUAACAACGAAGAAGAGGCGCGGCCACAAAACGAAAGAUGAGCGCGCUAAGCUUAUAGCUGUUCAAGACUAUGGAGCCAUUGACGAGUUUAAUCAAUGCAUUGAAGAGAAUAAUUUGAUGGAAAUACCAUCGGUGGGCGAUGAUUUUACUUGGGGUGGUACGCGUGCUACCGGUUGGGUUAGCAAGAAGUUAGACCGUAUUCUUUUCUCUCCGGAGUGGAUGGAUGUUUUUCUUAAGGUUUCCAUUGAGCUUUUGAGCCGUACUACAUCUGAUCACUCCCCUUUGCUGCUUCAAUUUGAUGCUCAACUUGAGUCUAAGCCAAGAAGUUUUAGAUUCCAGAAAAUGUGGCUUCGAAGAGGAGAUUUUAAAGAUCUUGUUCAAUAUAAUUGGUCACAGCCGGUUUGGGGUUCUGGAAUGCUGGCUUUUUCCUUGAAGCUUUGUAGAUUGAAGCUAGCUUUAAAGGAAUGGAACAAAUUGCAUUUUGGUGAUGUUUUUCAAAAUCUAAAAUUGGCGGAGGAUAAAGAACAUGGUACUGAGGGCAAUAAAGGUAAGGACUUUAGCAAUGAUGGUUAUUACUGGAGUGAUAAGGAUUCUGAAUAUGAUUCAAAAUAUGAUAACGAAGAUUAUGAAGAGAAUGUAGAUGACAGUGAAGAUAUAUGGGGUGGUGAAGAUGGUUAUACUGGAAGUCUUGCAAGUGUGUCCAUGGGAGAGUUCACACAUAUAGGGGCUGGGGAUAUAGAUGAAAGUGAAGAUGAAGUUGUUGGUGGUAGGCUAAGAGAUGUGAAUACUACGGUACUAUACUGUGAUGAUGAUUUUGAACCACUGCAUAAGUCUUACGACGAAGCUGAGCCUGCUCUAGAACAAUUUGAUCCAGUGAAAGACAUGUGGGACCCACCAUUGAGGUGUGGGCUUGCUUUCAGUAGCUUGGAAGAGUCAAGACAUGGUAUCAGGAUAUGGAAUAUUAUAAGGAGUUUUCAGUGGAGGUUUAAGAAACAUUUAGAAACAAAGGGUUAG